AUGUCCACCCUCUUCUCCACGCCCGCAAGCUACCCAUGGCCCACAGCCCGCCCGGCCCUCGUCCCCAGGCAGGACGACACUGGGAACGGCACUUCAGACGACUCCGCCGCAUCGUCCGCCGCCCCUGAGAGCAGCGCUGCCGAGAGCUCUGAAGCUUCUUCUGCUGCUGCGUCUUCUGAAUCGUCUGAAUCCACCGCGUCGUCUACUACCACUUCUGAUGAUACCCCUUCCUCGCAAUCUCCCACGGCGACAUCUUCUGCCCGACAAACGUCUACUGCUCAACAAACGUCUACUGCUCAACAAACGUCUACUGCCCAAUCAUCAGCGCAAACGUCCGAGGCCGCUACGUCUUCAGCCCAGCCAACGACUUCAGAAGCGCAAUCUUCAGCCGCCGAGUCUUCAGCAGCUCAAUCUUCAGCCGCCGAGUCUUCAGCAGCUCAAUCUUCAACCCCGCAGUCAUCUGCAGCUCAAUCAUCCGCCGCCCAAUCUUCAGCAGCCCAGUCUUCUGCAGUCCCCACCACCUCUCAAGCGCAGAGCUCGGCUCAACCUUCUCAAUCCCAGACGCAAUCGCCCUCAGCCAGCCCGAGUGCUUCAGAAGCUCAAAGCAGUGCGAGCCCGAGUGCGAGCCCGAGUGCGACGAGCGCAGCGCCGAGUCAGGCGCAAAGCUCGGCGGCGGGGCAGAGUGAGACGACUGUGUUGUCGACUACACAAGCGCAGAGCAGUCAGGCGGCGGCGAGUAGUCAGGCUCAGUCGAGCGCUGCAGGCGGGAUCGUAACGUCUUCAAACCCGGGUACGACGACUGUAACGGUCGGUGCGAGCUCUUCAGCGGGUGCUUCGACAGACGGAGGGGCGACAUCGACACAGGCGACGAGCGAGAGCGGUCCACAGACAUCGACCGUCGUCGUCUCUGAGAGCAACACUGCUGCGAGCACCACCGCUCAAUCCGCCUACGUCGCAACCACAACCGAUUCUGCCGGCAGCGCCGUCACAACCACCCCCGACACCUACACCUCCUCCUACGUAACCACCUCCGACGGCGAAGUCUACACCGUCACCCAAAUCGUGCACAACCCCACCGGCUCCCUCGACUCUGGCUCGUCCUCAUCCGGCGGCUCUUCCAACUCGUUCUUCAACAACAGGGGCGCGGUGGCGGGGACGUUUGUCGUAGUAGGCUUGGUGGUGAUUGGUCUGGCGGCGGCGUUGGCGUUGUUGUGUUUCAGACGGCGAAGGAGGCAGAGGUUGGAUAGGGAAGUGACUGCAGCUGCUAUGGCUGCGCCCGCUUCGACAGGACGUCAGCCCGUAGACGAAGACCAAAACUACACACCUUCCUCCGGUCCGCAGACCAACAGCGAAUCUUACCCCUCCCCCGCUAGCGGCCCCGACAUGGGCCAAUAUGACGGCUACGGCGCUUCCUACGCCAAUGCCGGUGGGUACGACCCCUACGCCGCCGCCGCUGCGGGCUACGGCGCGCAUACAGGGUACGACAACCUCCAGCCAGACGGCCAGGGGUACUACUACGACCCGCACGGUACGCCAGAGCAAUACAGCGAUGCGCCCACGACGUCGGCGGAGGCGUAUAGCGAUGCGCCGCUCAAUCAGGAAGGGCAGAGCGAGGGGUUGCAGAGUGCGGAGGGGAGUCAGGGGGUGGGGCAGGCGUAUUACUUUGACCCGGAGCAGGCGCAAGAGUAUCAUGAUGCGGAACAGGGGGCGGAGCCGUAUACGGAUGAUCCUUAUGGUGGAUAUUCUGGGAACGAAGGGUCGGUGGGUAAUGGGACUCCUCAACACGAGAGGGAGGAUCCUCUGCACGUGAGUCUUGCCAACGUUUUGCUUCUGGGCGAUCACUGA